AUGGUUGGAAGACCUUUUAAGGGUGAAGGAGAAAAGAGAGCUAAAUGCAUAGAAGAAGAAGGGAAAGAAGAGGAAAGAGUUGAUUGGUCAAAUCUCGAUACGAAUAUACUGCAACUCAUUGCCGAUCAACUCACCGUCGACAUUGCUGAUUAUAUUCGUUUUCAUGGCGUCUGCAAGACAUGGCAUGCUGUCAACCACCAUGGUCGCACGCACCCUCCUCAACUCCCAUGGUUGCUCAUGAGAUGUGACUACGAUAUCAAUCGUCUCAUCUUCUACUCCUUCUCAGAUGAAAGAUUUCACUCAAUUCGACCUCCAACAAAUGAUGAACACAUCAUUGGCUCAUGUGAUGGAUGGCUAGUCCUUGAUCAUAAAACUUCUCGGUUCCUCUCUCUCCUAAAUCCUCUCACAGGUGCUCGUAUCCAUCUCCCAGCGCUCCCGAGUUAUUUAAUAAACAUUGAAGAUUAUUACCCAUCCAUAUUGAAGAUUGCAAUAUCUUCAAACCCAUCAAUAUAUGAUCAUGAUUGCAUCAUCGUCAUUAUCUCCACCUUGAAUGAUGCACUCUUCUCUAUCCGUUUAUGGGAGGAUGAUUUAUGGACUUUGUUGGAUGAUAGGAGCAAGUAUCAUGAUGUCACUUACUUCAAAGGAAACUUAUAUGCUGUAGACGAAAUUGCACAGGUAUUCAUCUUUAGUUCAUUCUUUGAGAAAGUGGCUAUCGUCGGUCCUCAACGGGAAACAAACAACUUGUUAUGGCAAUUUGCAGAGUUAUCAGGUGAACUUAUAGUCCUUCGAAACAUAUUGAUUGAGAACUCCGUUGACCAUGCAAUGGAGAAUCUUACGAUUCUCAUGACAGAGAGGAUAGAUAUCCUAAAGUUGAAUAUGAAAGGUCUAGUGCCAUCGCUGGAGGAGGCAAAGAGCAUAGGCAAUCACAUACUUUUCCUAGGUGUUAAUUCUCGCUCCAUCUCAUGCCCAAUAUCCCAAUAUCCUCGUGGAAAACAUGAUACUAUCUAUAUACAUCAUGUUUAUAUCAUGGAUGAUGAUGAAGAACAAGAUAUAUAUUGUAGGCAUGGAAUAUAUGAUUUAGAGAAUGCCUCUUUCAUGCCAACACCACAUAAUGGAUUUGAAAGGAUAUGUACUGGAAUGUUACCCAUGUGGUUUACACCAUCCUUAUUUUAG